GUCCUCUGCUGCUUCCCACACAACACACCCUUCUCUCUCUAUCUCCCUUCCCCAAGAGGAACGAACGCGAAUCGAAAAGGGACCGACGGAGGCGCGGGAGGGAAGGGGAGAAGGACGGCCAUGAGGCUCCUCGUCCCCGACGGCGCGCGCCAGCAGCACCGCCGAAGCCCGUCGUCCGACCCGGCGCUGUCGCUGGCGCCGGCGGUGACGGCGGCAGGGCCCCGCGAGAGACGGCCGGCUGAGGAGGCGGGGGCGAGCGGGAGGACGGUGGCGGUGGGGAUCAGGAGGGACGCGGCCAGCCGCGAGCUCCUCACCUGGGCCCUCGUCAAGGUCGCCAAUGCCGGCGACCGCGUCGUCGCCCUCCACGUCGCCGCCGGAGGAGGCGGAGGAGGAGGGGCUGGAUCGGAGGAGAAGGGCGAGGCCGCGGAUUCGCUCGCCACGGUGCUCGCCGUGUACGACGGCUUCUGCAACCUCAAGCAGAUCAAUUUGGAGCUCAAGGUCUGCAGAGGAUCGUCUAUUCGGAAAACUUUGGUGAAGGAAGCGGCCUCUUGUGGUGCUGCACACCUGAUCCUCGGUGUCGCGAAGAAUUCCCGGCCUUUUGGGUCCUCCUCCCCUUCAGUUGCCAAGUACUGUGCCAGGAGAGUUCCCACAAGUUGCUCGGUUCUUGCUGUGAACAAUGGCAAGAUUAUUUACCAAAGAGAUGCACCACAGCAAGAACCAAUCCAUAGCACUACCACAACUGCUGAGACUCCAAGGAGAAGUUACCGGAAGCUUCUGACUUCACUGAUAGGAGAGAAACCUCAGGACGAACACGUAAAGGAUAACAGGACAAUUUCUCGGGCUGUGACCAUGCCAAUGAGCACACCCACGCGGUCCAAGGAAGUUUCAUUAGCAUUAGUUCCAGUGAAGGGUUGCCGGCGUGAUUCGUCAGAAGUGGCAACUGGCUGGCCAUUCUUAAGGAAGAAGUUCUUGCCGGACCGAAAGGCUGAGUUGUCUGACAAACCCAAGAUGUCUGUGGUGCAGUGGGCAAUGCGACUCCCGAGCAGGUAUUCAGCAGUUUCGCCAGCCCAUCUGGAACACAGAACAAUGAGACCCGACUCAACUCCUAUCUUGGGGGAUCGGGUGGUUGUCCCUUCAAGAAGCAAUUCAGGAAACUCUUCUGUGGUGAUCGAGGAAUUGGAUAAUGAAAUUCCAGAGGAGCUGAUCUCUCUCAGAGAUAAAUUCCUGUCCAUUUAUUCUUCCUACAGUUACAGUGAGCUUUCAAAGAUCACUUCCGAUUUCUCACCUGAGUGUAUAGUUGGGCAAGGUGGCACGAGCCAAGUUUACAAAGGUUGUUUGACAAAUGGCAAGGAGUUAGCAGUGAAGAUCCUGAAGUAUUCCGAUGAUGUACUGAAGGAGUUUGUCUCAGAGGUUGAGAUUGUCAGCUCUCUCAGUCACAAGAACAUUAUAUCCAUCAUCGGCUUCUGCUUCAAAAAUAAUGACCUUUUAUUGGUGUACGAGUACUUGCAAAGAGGAAGCCUAGAAGAACUACUGCAUGGCGAGAAAGAAUGUAAAAAUGUGUUUGGUUGGACUGAGAGGUUCAAUGUGGCUUCAGGCGUUGCUUAUGCACUGGAUUAUCUCCAUGGUAAUGGCAACAGUCGCCCAGUGAUCCAUAGGGAUGUCAAGUCAUCAAAUAUCCUCAUCUCAGAGGAUUUUGAGCCAAAGCAGUUAUCGGACUUUGGCCUUGCGCUUUGGGCUGCCGAAGCAACACCCCAGAUCACAUGUAAUGAUGUUGCAGGCACUUUUGGGUAUCUAGCUCCUGAAUACUUCAUGCAUGGCAAGGUCAAUGACAAAAUUGAUGUGUUCGCUUAUGGUGUUGUCCUUCUUGAACUCAUCUCCGGAAGGAAACCACUGUGCACUGGUUGUCCAAAAGGCCAGGAGAGUCUAGUUAUGUGGGCGAAUUCCAUCAUACAAGGAGGAAAGCUCGCAGAACUAGUAGAUCCUAGCUUUCCGACUGAAGGUCAUGAUGAUGAAGUCGAGAGAAUGACUCUUGCUGCUUCACUCUGCAUCAGACCAGCACCUCAACACCGUCCUCACAUUGCAGCUGUCGUGAAGCUACUUGACGGUGACAAUGAUAUUCUCAAAUGGGCUAGAUCUCAAAUCGGCUCAUCAUAUGAAAGCGACACAGAUGAAGAUGCGGUUACCCUUACACCGCCUGAGAACAGCACGAAUAUCCAGUCCUACAUCAAUCUCGCAUUCGAUGUGGACGAUGACUCUGCCUCCGUCAGCAGCAACGAUUUCAUCACCGCAAACACAUCCUUGGAAGAGUAUCUGCAAGGAAGAUGGAGUCGAACGUCGAGCUUUGACUGACCAUACCAGAGUUCCCUUUUUUGUGUACAGAUCUUUCUUUCCCCUUUCUUAAGUUAAUUUUUGCUCCUUGGAUGAGAUGUGGCACAUGCAAUGCCCUCCCUCCCAGGUCUUGCCUUGAGAUCAUGUCGUGUUUUUCUUUAUGAGUUAUUAUGGGUGAGCAUGUAACCUUCUCACCCAAAGGAUGAGAGAAAUAAAGUAGGAAGAAUGUAAAACGUGGGUUCUACCCAAUUUGCUCACCUUUCAGAACAAAAUGUCCUCAUUGACAUGAGCUAACGUAGCUCCUCAUUGACUGCUAUCUUCACUAUGAACAAUAUAGUUACUGCUGAA